AUGACCGACCCACCGGCCUUCCUCUCGUUCCCGGAAAUCCUUGGAGGUGGCGGCGGCACCGACGCCGGCUCUUCCAAGGCGGUCCCGUCGUUCUCCUCGUUCCCGGAUGUCGACUUGGGCGAGGGGAGCCGGUCCAAGGCGAGCAAGGACAAGGCCCGCUCCAGCGACGACCGUGAGCGCCGAGGUUCGCGAGAUGUCGCCGGGAAGAAGUCUCGCGAGAGGUCACCCGAGAGAGCUGGUAACCGCGGUGACCGCGAACGUGACCGUGACCGCGAUCGCGAUCGCGCAAGAGACAGGGAACGCGACCGUCGCCGGACCGACCGCGAACGUGAAGGCGAACAACGCAGGGGAAGCCAUGAGCAUGAGCGCGAGAAGGCCCGCGACAAGGACCGCACUCGAGACAGAGAUGAACGAGACCGACGCCGGGAUCGCGAGCGCAAAGACCGAGACCGAUACAGGGAAGACGACCGGGACAGUGAUCGGCGGCGACGCGACGACCGGGAUCGCGACCGCCGUGACCGCAGCCGAGAGCGCGGCCAUGGGUCAAGAAGAGACCGGGACGAGAGGGCCAAGGAAAAGGAGGAGCAGCGUGCUCGCGAGCGCAGGGCUGCUGAGGCGCUCCGGUCCGAACAGCCGGUCAAGAACGACGACGGCGCGGGGUGGUACGAAGACUCGUCCAAGUCACGGGGAGGCUACGAGGAGCCGUUCGAUCCAACAUCAGCUAAGGUGUCCUUUGUCGACACCGCGGGAGACCGCGAUGUGAUCCGAUAUGGCGCAACGUCUUCAUUUGAUGCACCACGGUAUCGCCGCGAUUUCGGUGGACGUGUCCUUGGACUCUCCGAAGGAAUGCGCAUCGUCUAUUCAAAGGACAGAAGUUCAAAGGGUCUUGAGAUUGCUCCGUUGGGCAGGAUAGCUCUUCCUCGGUACUCUGCCCGCCCUCUUCACGGUUCCUCGCUGUCACGCAUCGUGCUCAGGCCCAAGACGGACGGGUCUGACUUGACCGAGUCGUUCACUCCGUUUGACACAGCUCCACGACGGGUCGCAGACGACAUGCCGGCCUAUCGCGCCAUCACAAAGGAUGACGACGGCAGCGACGAGGAGAUGCUUGCCAUCCAGGCUUCACUGGGACAGGUGUCCACUGUCGAGGAAGACAUCAAGGCACAGACAGUCGAGAAUGAACGCCACCUGAGGGCCAACCUCACCGAUAUCGAGCGCUGGAUCAAGUACUCGACCUUGCACCUGCAGCUGUCGCCCGAAGCUUCACAAUCGAGUGCGUUUGUGGACCCGGCCAAGCAGCCGACGACUCGCGCCAACGCCGAGGUCACCCUGUCCAUUCUGGCCCGCGCGCUUGAGGCACACCCAGACAACUUUACCUCGCCUGAGCUGCACAUUGCCUACUUGCGGGCUGCCGAGGUAUUCUGGCCGUCUACCAAGGUAGCAGAGCGGUGGCAGAACGUUCUCCGAGGGCUGGCCUCGAGUCGCGUCCCGGAAGAGAACAUGAUGCCUCUUUACCUCGCCUAUAUCGAGUGGCGCGAGGGCCAGGGCUUUGGACAAGCGGACGAAGGUGGCGGUGUGGAUGAGGUCGUCGAGGUAUACACCGAGUGUCUUGAGAAGCUCAAAAGCGGGGAAGACGUUGUCAAUCAUGAAGCACGGGAGGAGAACCAAGUGUAUCUUUUCCUCCGCGCAUGUCUGUUCCUAAAGCAGGCUGGCUAUUCGGAGCGUGCGCUUGCGGUUUUCCAAGCACUGAUGGAAGUCACGUUCUUCAAGCCCAACCACCUCCGUCCACCGGCGCCGCCCUUCGAUCGAGAACUGUGGUUUACUGGAGUGCUUCAAGAGUUUGAGGACUUUUGGGACUCGGAGGCGCCCCGCAUUGGCGAGACUGGAGCCAAGGGAUGGAAGGAGACACACGCUUCUACGGAGGAUGCUCCGAUCCCAACCUCUGAAUCUACCGCAGCGACGACCAGUGCCUCGGACUCUUACAUCCGUUGGCUUGAAACGGAGCGUCAUGCCGAGAAGGCUUAUGAGCUCCCUGGCCGCGCUACAGACCUUGACGGGCCUGAGGAUGACCCGUUCCACAUCAUUCUCUUUGGAGAUGUGUCUCCGUUCCUCUUCCCUGUGCAAACGCCAAACGCCCGCCUACAACUCAUUUACGCCUUUUUCAACUUUUUGGGGCUGCCCUUCACUCCACCCGACGUGCCGACUGCCUCAGCGUCGGCUACCGACCCUCACUUGAGAUGGACCAUGACCGCCAAUGAGUCCUUGCGAGCAGCGUUCUGGCCCCAGCGGCCCUCAAGGAAGCGUAUCGCGUGGCAGACUGUCGGAGGCGAGCCCAUGGAACCCGAGCAGGCCCGCUCGGCUGCCAACCCUUUCACCUGUCCCGUCAAGUCCUGGAUCUCUGACCGUGGCACGCUGUUUGCCCACAACUGGUUCCGUGACCUCGACGCAAUGGACCUCACGCACGUUAAUGUGGAUGUGGCUCGCAACGUCCUCACCAUGCUUCGUCCACUUGUGCCUGACCCAACCUUUGUGCUGGCCACAUUUGCGUUUGAGGCAGCGCUGUCGUCCAAAGCUGCCGUCAAGGUCGCAAAGAAUGUACUCUCAGCUGACCGUGACAACCUCGCACUGUGGGACGGUUACGCUCGCCUGGAGCGUCAACGCAGCAAAGUCGGUGCCGCCCGUCAGGUCUAUGUGACCGCUAUCCAGGCCGCCGAGCAGCACGCUCUUCGGGACGGAGCCCAAGUCGAGGACCUGCGCCUCGACCAGAAUGAACUGUGGGCAGCAUGGGCCGAGAUGGAAUGGGAAGAAGGCGACGGGGACCGGUGCUUGGAGGUGCUCGUCAUGGCAGCGGGAGCGCAGAGGGGUCGACUUGACGGAUCCGCCGACCCGAACCACCAGGCUUCAACACCGCCACCGGUUGCCAUGCUCAAGGCCAAGCAGCAUUACGCCGCGGUCAUGUCAGACUCGCCCAGUUCCCUCACUCUGGCGACCUUGUUCGUAUACCUCACGGAUGGUAUCGAGGCCGCCCGUGACCGUCUCGAGAACCUGAUAGCCUCGCUCCCAGACGGCCACCCGCAAGCGGAGGAGACGUACCAGCUUUUGGUCAAGGUUAUCCACAUCCAUUGCUCACGCAACCCGUCACCUGCGUCCCUGGCCCGUGAUGUCUUGGAGCGUGCAAUCGCCGCGUUCCCGAACAACACCGAGUUCCUCUCCCUGUAUCUCUGGGGUGAGACUGGUGGACGGGUGUAUGGGCGUAUCCAGCGGUUAGUCACCGACCUCACAAGUGACGGCCACGGCAUUGUGGCGCUCCUGUGGUCCGUCUGGGCCGAAGCGACCACCGCCGGCCGAUCGUUCUGGGAAGGUGGAGGUGCAGAGCGUGUGCGCCGUGCUCUGGACCGCGGUAUCAACACGUCCACCGGCAAGAGCUCGGCUGCGCUGUGGGUGCUGUAUAUCGAGUUUGAGACGCUCACGGAGAAGCCUGCGUCCGCCAAGGCGCUGUGCUACCGUGCCAUUGCGGCCAUCGGCGGCUGUAAAGACCUCUACCUGCUCCCAUUCUCUCCAACCCUCCGACCUCACUUUACAUCGCGCGAGCUACGUGCCAUGGCGGAGCUCAUGGUCGAGCGGGGUAUCCGAACCCGAGUGCCGACGGAGGCGUUUUGGGACGACGGAGACACUGAGGUGGAGGGCGACGAGGACGAGGACGAACAUGGCGCUGGUGGUGACUACGAGUACGCGAUGCUGCGCGACCGUGAGGAGCUCAAGCCAUACUAG